AUCAGAUCAGUAACUCCCCAAAAAAACAUCAUUAACAUUCAAAACACAUCAACAAUAAUAUCUGCAAUCCAGCCAAACCUAGGACACACUAUUCUUGUUUCUCAUUUGCUUAUUUAACACACACACUCAACACACAAACACAAACAAACCCUUUUGUACUAUGUAACAUUGUUCCUUCAAAAAACACAAAAAAGUGAUCUUUUCCAUUUUCAUGAUGGAAGAACAACCACACUCAUCAUCACUGUCAGAACUCAUUGUUUCUCUUGAACAAGCCACUUUCAUGGCAAAACAACUACCAUCAUCAAAUCCAUCUCAUCUCAAUCAAAUCCACACUUCCUUACACCAAGCUCACCAUCAUCUCACCGCCUUCCUAUCAACCCUUCAAUCUCCUCCGGUGCCUGAAAACUCUGUCUCAUCUGCCAACGGUGCUGCUCCUAUGCAGCUGGGGGAUGAUGGAGAAGAUGAUGAUGGUGAUGAUGAAGAGACAUCAAAAUGUACAAUUGACAAGGUUGAGCAGAAAUUCAGAGACUGCUUCAUCAAAAACAAGAGACCAAAACGGCCCUUGUCGCCGUCUGCGGCGGCCCGGGUAGAGGAGAAGCGAUUAUCCAAUGAUGGGUUUGUUAAGGAUUAUGAUCCACAUGCUGUUAAGUUGAGGGCAUUGGACCUUGUCUACCAGUUUCAUGGUUGAUGAUGAUGUUUUGCUUUGUUCCCUUUUUUUGUUUAGGAAAUAGGUAGAUUAAUUUUUGUUGAUGAAUAUGGUUUUUAGACAUGGAAGAUUUGAGAUGUAUUGUAAAGUGAGUCAGGCUGCAUAAAUGAAACAAAUGUUAUGUUAUGCUAGUUCUUUACUGAUUUUAUUUUUUUGGGUGCUAAUUAUCUUUGUGGUUUGGUUCAAGAAAAAUACAAUUGAAUUCAUUUUAUUGGUUA